UUCAGUGGGCCCGCGACCGCAGAGCUGCCGAGCAAGACCGCGAUGGCGACUUCGGGCCCGAAGACUCCUUCGAAGGCACGAUGCGCCUUCGCGCUGAUGCCAAAGAAGACGACGACGCCGACGACAUGAUACUUGUGAUCGCCCUUGUCGCGCUGAUCACUGUGCUGCUCUACGUGCGAUCACGCAUAUACGACCAGCAGCGACGGCUGGCAGGGCAGGACGAUGCGCCAGCUCAGAACGGUGGAAGAUUCCCUCCGCCCGGCGACCCGGCGAGGAACGAGUGGAAUAUUCUAAGAUGAUCAGGGAUCGCUUGGUUUAGCGUGUAAAACAUAGGAAAUGCGAGGUUUUCCUGCUCUUCUAAUUGCGCAUCCAGCGUGGCUAUGUCUGCUGGCCGCCGCCCUAAAUCCUG